UGAUUCAGAAGCUGCUGAUAUUCAAAAUGUGGAAAAUAUUCCACCCUCACAUGAAAGUGUCUUUUUAAAUCCAUUAAAACAUUUAAAAAAACAGGAAAAAUUUAGAGAUUUGAUUCAUUCACUUGAAGAAAAUAAUAAAAAAUCUAAAGAUAUAUUUGAAGAGAGAAUUUCAGAAUUAGAAAAAUUUGUAAAUCCAAUCCUUGUAGGUAAAGAGUGGUUAAAUAUUAGUGAACAGCCAAAUGGACUAUUGGAAGCAUUUUCAAUG